AGGAGACGCAGAGGAGACGCAGGGGAGACGCCAGGAGAGUCCCAGGAAGCGACGGCAGGAGGAGGUCAACCACUGGAGCGGGCGUUGAAGACGGGCUGUCGGGUUCCAGACCCGAGCCCACCAGGACUUCACCCGACUGGGGCCUCCUGCCAACCUGUUCCUGUGUGUCGCCCGUCUACCCGAGCGUGCCGUCAGCUCCUCAACGCCGGUGAGCUUCUGCGCCAGUGGGCAGGACGAGAACAGUCGGGCUACGGGCCCGAGUUCUACGCCAUCUGCCCGGCCAGAACGCCACCCCGUCUGUCGUGCCGCCUGCUGCCCGAGGCCGGCGUUCGAGCUUCUGUGCCCGUGGGCGAGACGAGAACAGUCGGGCUUCGGGCCCGAGCUCUACGCCAGCUGCCCGGCCAGAACGCCGACGCCAUCUACUCGCGCCACCAAGCCGGCUGCUUUUCCUCGCCUAGCCAGAGCGGGCGCACUCCGGUCGCCCGGUCGGUCAGCUUACACCGCGACCUAAGCCGAGUCUGAGUAUCUACAAUGAUGGCCACAUGGGAGUUGGUACUCACCGUCUCGGCCACGCUGGUGGUGAUGGUUGCCAUUUCUUGGGCCAUAUCGCGCCGUCGGCAGCACAGCCUCUUCUCUGGACUGGGAUACCCGGGGCCUCCGCCGGAUCUCGUCUGGGGCAGCUGGAAGCAACUGCAGAAAGACAGGAUACCGGUGAUGGAAGAAUGGAUACGCAAAUAUGGCAAGAUCUUCGGGUUUUAUCUGGCUGAGAAACCCUACAUGGUUAUCACAGACGUCGAUGUGAUCAAGGAAAUAUUCAUCAAGGACAGCCGGAUAUUCCAAGACAGACCAUUUUAUGCCCUCGACGUGGAACCGAUGACAAGCUCAGUAUUUUUUGUCACGGGUUCCGAGUGGAGGAAGGUGCGCUCCAUCAUGAACCAGGGUUUCACAGCCACAAAAGUGAAACUGUACUCCGGCAUCGUGAACAAGUGCGCAGACGUGUUCGUCGACCUGCUGGGAGAACUCUGUUCCAAAUCGAAGGUCGCCGAGAUGUAUGGGCUCGCGCAGAGUUUGGCACUUGACAUCAUCACGAAGGCAGCGUUAGCGUGGGAGAUUGACUGCCAGCGAGAUAGCAAGGACCCUUUCCUAACGUGGAUGCGCAAGGUCUUCGAACAAUUGGACCAAACAGCUCUCGAGAACUCAUUCGCAUUUCCCGCUCUGCGCCCGCUUUUGCUCCUGUUCUACCCACUGUCGUCCUUUGCUCGCUGCAUGAAGAAAAUGAUGGACGACGUGGACAAAAUCACCGAGGAGCGUCGGACGGGGAAGAGGCCCCGCAGCGAGGACAUGAUACAAAUGAUACUGGACGCCCAGGAGAACGCAAAGAAAUGCAAUCACGCCGCCGGUCAGAAGGUUAAAACUCUGGAAGACCGCCACGUCAGUUCCAACGCCGUGGUACUUCUCAUAGCGGGCUUCGACACCAUCGCGUCGGCGCUCUCCUUCCUAAUGCAUCUGGUAGCCAAGCACCCCGAAGAACAGACGAAGAUUUUGGACGAAAUGGAAGAACGAUUCCCGGGUGUACAAGAACUAUCGUUCGAGCAGCUACACGAGCUGGAGAGACUCGACAUGGUGGUCAAGGAAGCCAUACGCCUCUACCCGCCUGUGCCGCUCAUGGUGGUGCGACGUUGCAUACAAAACACGACGGUUCUCGGGCAUUUCAUUCCUGCCGGCGUGAACAUCAUCGCGCCUGCGUGGUGCGUUCAUCGCGACCCGGAGCUGUGGAGGGAGCCGGAGAAGUUUAUGCCCGACCGAUUCUCGGAGGAAGAGUCCAAGAAGCGCCACAGCGCCGCCUACUUUCCUUUCGGCUUAGGUCAGAGGAGCUGUCUCGGCAAGCGAGUGGCACUGAUGACGAUGAAGACUGCCUUGAUAAAGACUCUGCGAGACUAUAAGCUGGAAAUCUGCGAAAAAUCACAAGAUCCCUUGCUCAUGACUGUUCCUAGCCUGGUGGGUAACCCGAUGGGCGGCGUCCAUCUGAAGCUUACUGCACGGCAUGCUUGAGCGUGGUCAAAAAUAUCUCAUAUCCAAUGCCUGCGGUAAGUCUAAAAAAAAAUACAUUGUAAAAUAUCUGUUCUAUGCGUACUUCUCAGUUCUCACUCUGUAUGAUCACCAUUAAAAUGUGGAUGCAUUAAAGCCGGAUUCAGGGUGAUGAGCAUGCUGAUUCGCCUUUAUUGGGAGAGAGCGCAUACUCACCAACUAUGAAUAGGUUGAUGUACAGCCGUAGUUUCGAAUCGUUUCCCGGCUCGUAUACUUUGCACAGCUAACCAACACGAACCAGUGCGAAUGUAGCAGUACGAAAAUGUUGCACAAUAAAAAAGGUAAAUGACAAGUUAAUUUUGCCCAUUUACGUUGAAAUAUUUAGGCUGCAUCUAGCGCUAGCAUGCUUAGUUUUUUUCGUAUAAGUUUUCAUGCUUGUUCACCUGUCAUCGCCAUUUGAAAAUGCUCCUUGCCCGCAGUCUUGCGCUUAAUUAAUAGAUGGUUUCAACCACUAAACAAUGGUAGGCUAAGUAGCUAUAGGGCAGCGUUUAAUUUCUCUGCUUUAUGUGUGUUAUUGGCCCCCUUGUAAGAUGACAUUACGUAUCUUUUUGUUAGAAAGUGGAAUGUUCUCUUGCAUCUGUGCCUUCUGCUCGUAAUUAUUUGAGUCUGCAAGGUACGUAAUGAAGUAUGAUUCUUGUGUUGUACAUUUGGUCAAUGUUCCAAUAUUUUUUCCAUAGAAGAGUAUCUAUUACGCUUUGGAAAUAUUUCGAGUAUUUCAAUAUUGUUAUUGGUCUCUUGAAAUUUAGAAGACACCUUAUGAAAGUUGGUAUCAAAGAAAGUUGAACGGACUGGGUUGCUUGGUAACAACUUUAUUUAUAGUCCUGCUGAGGUUUCGCCGACGGUGCCUCAGGGCUCUUAUGUGGGGACGUCGAGGUGUUGCCUCGCCGCCCCCUCGCUGGGCCUGCGAGACGGCACAGAAUUGGUCGCCGAGACUGGGGCAGCUCAAGGCAGCGGCACACAGCGGCGGAAGGGUUCUGGAGUUAGCACCGUGUGGGUUUUUAUUACAGUCGCAAAGGAAAACAAAUUCAUUAGAUGUAUAAGGGCACAACAAUGGCCCAAACCUACUGUGUAGGAUAUUCCAAUAACCGCGUCGCAAUACAGAAAAAAAAUCGUAAAUCAUAGUAGCUAAUCGUAAAUCAUAUCAAACAAUGCCUCUUAUGGUAGUUAGCCUUGUAUUAACUGAUAAAUGAGAACUGAUAACUGAUAAAUGAGAAGAAACGAACAGGUAAAGGGCAUAGCUUAUUUGGAAUCUCUUUGAUAUCUGCAACAUAAUUACAAUGGAUAAAUAAAUCGUUCAAAUAUAACAUAGAUUAAUAAAAUAGGAACUCUUUAACAAGGGAAUCGUUAUGUUCCUCAGAAGCAAUCCUUCACGGCUCGGUGAGUAAUGCACGCGUAAAGGUAGUACGAAACGAAAUCCGUACACUUCUGACACUUUAUUUUCGGGCGGUACAAGCGGUAUACUUUUCGCAGCUGUCGAUGUGUCCUGCAUGUCUUGACAAAACCUACCAUCAUAUUCUUAACGUGGCCCUUGCACCAUUAAACAUGAUAUUAUCAUCACCAUGCUGCCAUUUUGCGUUCUAUAGUACUGAAUGUGUCGGCACGUGUCUUUUCCUCUAUCACCGCGUAUUCUUUACAAUAAUGCCGCAAUUUUGAUUCGUUGAAAUUUGCUUAUUGGCAAGAAUUCUGGCCGAUUUGCCGUAGUUGCUAUAUUUAUUCUCUUGCUUUAACAACUGAUGCAGAUAGAUAGAAAAGAAAAAAGGGAAAGAAGCCAUAUGUUUCUUGACUAGGAACAACAGCUAUAAACGGAAUGCUACUAGGAUACGUAUCCGUGUUUGCACAAAUGUCAGGGCGUCUGCGAAGAGGCGCAGGAGCGAAGAAAGCUUAAUUAGGGGAUUUAACGUCCUGUAACGGCACAGCUGUUACACCCACCAAUGUAGUUAGUUUGCUUCUGUAACAGCGAAUUUCUUGAAUUGAUUGUUUCAUAUCAUUAUGUUUUCACUAAGCAUACAGCUACAAUGCCAUUUGUCUUCUCUUGCUUUAUUAUGUGUAAAUAUGAUGCUAUAUGUACGAUUUUUUUUUUCGUACUGGUGUAUAAUAAUUAUUUGCUUUCGCUUGUGGGUUUACCCUGUCACUUUAAUUAUUCACUUUCUGGUUGUAUAAUUCGCUUUUUGCUUGUACAUUUACGCUGUCAUUGCUCUUUCAGGGUGGACGGUGCUUAGUGAAGCUGCAGUAUCCGCAGCUUUUUCGCCGUCUCCCCCUUUUCACAGAUGUUUUGUUUGGUGAAAAUAAGAGACUGAUUGACUGGCCGA